AUGGACAUUGCCUAUCGUCUCGUGAAUAACGUGAAGUAUUUUUACAAUGCGAUCAACCCUGCAACGCUUUCCGGUGCCAUUGAUGUGGUGGUAGUUGAACAGCCGGAUGGAACCCUUUUGUCGACCCCUUUUCACGUCCGUUUCGGCAAAUAUGGCGUCUUUAGUCACACGGAAAAGUAUGUCGACAUUACGAUCAAUGGCGAGGAGAUAGAUUUGAAGAUGAAACUUGGCCAAAACGGCGUUGCCUUCUUUGUCGAAGAGACUGACGGAAAGGUGCCGGAUUAUCUGGCGACGAGUCCGUUGCCGGAAGGUAAUGAGCUCAACAAGCCGCAGAUCGAUACUGCCCUCGUAUUGGCCGAGUCCAUCCGAAAGUUGGAAGAACACCAGCGCCAGACCCAGGAAGGUGGAACAAAGCUACGAUUGUUGAGCGACUGUAGCGACGUCAGUGAAAGCCACCCAUCGACCCCUCCUCCCUCCCAGAAGGAAGAGUCCAGGGCGGAAAAGGAGGCUAAGGCCGCCGAAAAAGAGAAGGAACGCCGUUUGGCUCUUCCCCGGCUGUCUUCCGUGUUUUCGCAGCGCCGUAACCGCUCGCUCCCUGAUCUCACCUCGAUUCUUGAUCAGCAUCACGGAUAUUUGACCGAUGUUGACAGCGGCCGUGAUACGAGGACGAAAAAGAAGGGCGAAAAGCCACCUCAAAGGAAAUUUUCCCAGCACGCCUCAUCGUUCCACCACAAGCGCUCGCUAUCCAAUAAGGGCGUGCCCGGCACGAAGGAUGUAGACGAAUUCUUCAAGUCUCUUGCUACCGAAAGUCGCCCCUGGACUCGCCGAAAGAAAAGCCGUGUUAAUUUUGCUCCGGAUCCGAUCACUAUCCGCACGGGUGGCGAGCAUGAUGGUGAUAUCGAAUCGGCAUCGUCUUCUUCCGUCUCAUCUCCUACGGGUUCUCUCCGUGAUCAGCUAGAUGUGGAUAGCCUGGCCGACGGAUGCCUCUCUGAUUCGGAAGUGGAUCGUCAUCGACGCGAUGAUUAUUCGCGACCGAAAGCGAGCGGCAGUGACGUCACUGACUGGCAAUGGGGACAGCUGCCGGAGACGCGCGAGGAUCAGGAGAAGCGGGCCAAGGAAGCCGAUGAGAAGUCCAAGGAGCGUUCCUGGUGGUGGCCAUUGACCUGGCGUGGCAGAAGCCCCACUGCCUCCCCCUCUAAGCCCAUCAAACAAGAAGAGCAGGGAAUCUAUCUCGACGACCUUGUUGGCAAAGGAGCUGCUCACGAUCCCGUUCAGAUCGAGAAGUACCUUGGAAAAAGCGCUCCCUCGACGCUUCCCUACCCUGACAGUGGGCACGGCUCGACGAGUGGGCCAUCACAGCCCAGCAGCCCUACUAUUGUUGGCAGUGGAGCUAGCAGCGACAACGAGGGCUUGGAUAAGACACCGACGCAAGAAACCGCGGCUGCUGGUUUCACGAGCCCGAAGAGUCGCAAGGGAAACCCGCCGACGCGUAUGCGCAAUAUCAGUGAUCAGCGCAGUAACAACUCUGACACCAUUUUUCCCUUCAGCGAUGAGGAGAACGAUGAUAAAGAGCUUGUUGAGGAUGGAAAACGUUACUUCCGUUCGCUUCGCCUUUCGUCGGAUAAGCUGAAAACUUUGGGCCUUGAAAUGGGUGUGAAUGAUGUUCGCUUCAGUAUUACAACAAAGUUCCAGGGAACGACUUGGUGUAGCUGCAACGUUUAUCUGUACAAAUGGUACGAGAAGAUAGUCAUUUCUGACAUUGAUGGGACCAUCACCAAGAGUGAUGUCUUGGGACACGUCAUCCCCGCCAUUGGAGGACAAUGGGCCCAUACUGGCGUUGCUGAACUGUACUCUCGCAUUAAGGCCAACGGGUAUAAAAUUGUCUAUCUUUCCUCGCGUGCUAUUGGGCAAUCGCAUACAACCAAGCAAUAUCUGAAAAGCGUUGCUCAGGAGCAGCAGGUACUUCCUGACGGCCCGGUUUUGUUGAGUCCGACGUCUGUUCUGGUGGCUUUCCACAAGGAAGUGAUUGAACGCCGUCCGGAAGUCUUCAAAAUUGCUGCACUCACUGAUCUGAAGAAGCUCUUCCCCGUCAAGCAUCCAUUCUUUGCGGGUUUCGGAAAUCGUGAAACGGACAUCGUGUCGUAUCGCGCUGUCGAGAUCCCGAUGUCACGCAUCCUGAUUAUCGAUCCAACUGGCAAGGUGCGACGGGCCGAUAGCCGUGGUCUCCAAAGCACCUACCUCGGCAUGGCUAACGAUACAGUUGACUUCCUGUUCCCGCCGUUGAGUCGUAGGUUCGUCGUCGAAGGUCCUGGCUUGACCGACAAACUCCAUUCUCCUUUUUCGAAGCCUCUCACUCACAGCAGUUUUACCCAUUGGAAGAACGACGAGAGCCCUACACUGCCUGAUGAGGCCCUCAUUGCCUACGAAGCUCGUCGGAAAGAGCUAGAGAAGGAACGCAAGAAAAAGAAG